GUCAUUGGAAUCCUGGGGAAUUUUUCACUCUGGUAUCAUUAUAUGUUCAUUUAUGUCAGUGGACGUAGGCCGAGAUCCAUGGAUUUGAUGCUCAAGCACCUGACUGUAGCCAACUCCUUGGUCAUUCUCUCUAGAGGAAUUCCACAGGUCAUGAUAGCUUUUGGGUUGAAAUAUUUCAUCGACUAUUUUGGAUGCGAAGUUUUCUUAUAUGUUCACAGAGUGGCCAGGGGUGUGUCCAUUGGUACUACCUGCCUCUUGAGUAUCUUCCAGGUGGUCACAAUCAACCCCAGGACCUCCAGGUGGACAGAGUUUAAAGUAAAAGCCCCAAAGUACAUUGGCCCCUCCAGUAUCCUGUGCUGGGUUCUCCACAUGCUAGUAAAUAUCAUUUUUCCUAUUUAUAAAAUGGGAAAACUGAGCAACAAAAACAUCACAAAGAGAAAAGAUCUUGGAUAUUGUUCUGCUCCACUUCGUGACGGAGUCAUUAAUUCCAUAUAUUCGGUACUGACAUCUUUCCAUGAUAUUUUGUGUUUGGGUCUCAUGGUCUGGGCCAGCAGCACUAUGGUUUUCAUUCUGUACAGGCACAGGCAGCAGGUCCAACACAUUCACAGGAGCAAUUUCUCCUCCAGAUCCUCCCCUGAGACAAGAGCCACCCAAAGCAUCCUUGUCUUGGUGGGCACUUUUGUAUCAUUUUAUGCCCUUUCCUCCAUCAUUUGUGUUUAUUUAGCUCUCUUUGAUAACUCCAAUUGGUGGCUGAUGAAUGCUUCUUCACUAAUCACUGGGUGUUUUCCAACUAUUAGCCCGUUUAUUCUCAUGAACUGUGACCCCAACAUAUCCAGGUUCUGUUGUAUCUGCCAUGGGAGAAAUUCAUGA